AGUAUCCCUCCGCCCCUUCCCGACACCCUCGCGGCGCGCGGUUCCUGCCGCAGCGCGUUCCGCGCGGCCGCUUUGCUGCAGAGGCGUGGGCGCGGGCGCGAAGCAGUCCCUCCAGAAAAUUUCCUGAAAAAGUGUCGCAUGGUUAUUUGAGAAGCCUUGAGAGUGCCUGGACUUAAUUUGCAUCGUUCCUGAGGCUCACAAAGGUUGUGACUUCUCUGCAACGACAGGAUUGUUUUUGGUUGGAAGGAUAGCAUCUCUUGAGAACUGUGCCUUGUGAGCAGUUUGGCAUUGGCAGUAAAUGAGGUUCCCAGAAAGGUCUUUGUAGGUAGCUGUUCACUUGGAAGUUAAUGAAGAAACAAAACGAAAGCUAUUUUUUUGGAUUCGAGGUCUAUCUCUAUUCGUAGCUGUGCUGACGUUGAAUUGGCAGAAACCAUCAUCUUCGUGCAGCCGGAGUGUGCCUCUGCUCUGGCCCUGUCUUGAGAAAGGUUAUGUGUUUAGAAAGGGGACUGUGCGGCCUGCUAAACUGACAAGUGACUCUUACUACCAAGUUUAUCUCUGACCCAGUGAAAAAGUAUAAAGACACUAACCUGGUACACACUGAGCACCAAGGCCAAGACUGGACAAGACUAUAUAACUGGGCUUUAACCAUGACUGGGACAAAGAAUAAGGCUAGGGGCCAGGCCAAAACUGAGAAAAGGGGAACAAAAGUACAGGCUAAAGGUGGAGCAGAGAAGGAGGUUACAGGUGCAGUCAAACCAGUAGCCAAGAGCCGAUCCAAAACAAAAGCCAAAGCAGGGUAUAAAGCAGAUGUAGUGGCAGAGACGAAGGUAGUAUCUAAGAACAGGGUUGUCGCUGAGGUGAAGGAAGGGGCACUGUCAGAGCCUAAAGCUCCAGUGAAAGCAAUAACAGGUAUCAGUUCCAAGGCUGAGAAUGGUGUUACCAGCUCCACAUGUAAAGAUAAGGCUGGUAUUGAUACCUGGUUCUGGGCUGGGGAAGAGGCCAAUAUCAAUUCCUGGUUCUGGAAGGGAGAAGAGGCUGGUAAUCAUUCCAGUGCUAAAGAUGAAAAUAAAGCUCAUAUUGCUGCCCAGGUGUGUGCUGAGGAGUCGGAGUCUGUGGCUGGGGCCAGUUGUAAGUCUGUGUCAGGGGUUGAUGAAGAGGAAGAAAAUGUUAUAGGGAACUGGUUUUGGGAAGGAGAUGACACUAGUUUUGACCCUGAGCCCAAACCUGUGUACAGAAUAGUUAGACCUCUGCCUGUGAAUGAAAUUAAUCAAAAAAAUAGACCCAAGGACUGGUCUGAGGUGACUAUCUGGCCCAAAGCCCCUGCUGUAACACCAGCAGUGUUGGGAUUUAGAUCCCAGGUCCCAGCUGAGGCAAGGCCCUCCUCGUACGUUGUUGUUUCCUCAGCUGAAGAAAGUACCCAUUCUUCUUCUUCUUCAGCAGCAGCAGCAGCAGCAGCAGCAGCCUGCUCUUCCAAGAACACGUGCUCAGGCUCACAGUCUAUUCCUGAGUCCCCAUUUGGUUCUGACCGUUGCAUCCAAACCAUAGAUGAAAUUAGACAGCAAAUUAGGAUCAGGGAAGCAAAUGGGAUUAAGCCGUUUGCUUGCCCUUGCAAAAUGGAAUGCUACUUAAAUUCCGAGGAAUUUGAAAAACUUGUAAGCAUACUUAAGUCAACCACUGACCCUCUCAUUCAUAAAAUAGCACAGAUUGCAAUGGGUAUCUAUAAUGUUCAUCCAUUUGCUCAAGAAUUCAUUAACGAAGUGGGUGUAGUGACACUAAUUGAAAGCUUGCUCAGUUUUCCUUCCCCCGAAAGGAGGAAAAAGACUGUAAUUACUCUGAAUCCUCUUUCUGGGGAUGAAAGACAACGCAAGAUUGAAUUACAUGUUAAGCAUAUGUGUAAGGAAACUGUGUCUUUCCCAUUGAACUCACCUGGACAGCAAACUGGAUUAAAGAUACUUGGGCAACUGACUACUGAUUCUGUCCAUCACUAUAUUGUUGCUAGUUACUUUUCAGAGCUUCUCCAGUUGCUGUCUCAGGGAAAUCGUAAAACCAGAAAUCUUGUUUUGAAAGUACUUUUGAAUAUGUCUGAAAAUCCAACUGCAGCCAGAGAUUUGAUCAAUAUGAAGGCAUUGACAGCAUUAAAACUCAUCUUUAAUCCGAAAGAGGCAAAAGCCAAUCUUGUCAGUGCUGUGGCCAUAUUUAUUAAUAUAAAGGAGCAUAUAAGAAAGGGCUCGAUUGUAGUCGUUGAUCACUUGAGUUACAAUACACUUACAGACAUUUUCCGUGAAGUUAAAGGGAUUAUUGAAGCAAUGUAAAAUGAGCCCAAAAUGAAAGAACAGAUUCUUAAAGGCUGUACAUUUCCGAAGAUGCUUGCAUAAUUUUUAUUGUAGUGUACACAUUAAACAUUACACCUUCAUCAGUGUACCUGUGAGACUUUAGCUCUGAGCUAGAACAUUUUUUGUGUGUAUCAAAUGAAUAUUAAUAUCAGAAAAUAUUUGUUGAUUUUCAUGUUGUGUAGAUGGGCAUAUUUAAAAUUUUACUUAAAGUAAGCCAGUUCUUUAAGCUAAGCUUCACCAUUAAUACCUGCUUAGAUCCAUUUGUGGCUUCAAAUGAAAAAAAAAAAGAAAAUCUUCCAUUUGUAAGCUAGUUACAGAAAUAAGGUAUAUGAACACGAAACUAAUAGUACCUAUAGGUGUAUUUGUGGUGUAUUUGCGUGUGUGUGUUGUGUGUGUGUGUACCCUAUCAGUACAUUUUAGGAAGCAGGGGUUAUUGUAAGGAAUUUAUAUUUUUCUCCUAUUCUAGAUAUAUUAGAAUUCAAUCAAAAUAACUGAAUCUCAGACAAAAUGUGAUGUUCAUUUACUUUUUAAAUUUUUGUUAUUCCAUUUACAACUCUUAAAUUGUUAGGCGGUUUCAUUGUGUUAAAGUUAAUUUACAGAAGAAAAGGGAGGUCGGCAUGGGGAGAAGACAUUAAGUGUUCUUUGUCAGACAUUGUGUUGGCACUAUAUUUUGCAGGUUUUUUUCCUAAGAUGUCACAAUUCUUAACUACUCCAAAUAUCCAUUAUACAUUUGGCUAUAGUUGGCUGGAGAUUGGGAGAAAAGUCUGAGGUGGAUGUAUGUAUUUUGCUUAGCAGUACCUGGCAAAUACUAGGUACUCAAACCUUUGUUGAACAAAUAAGAUGUAGAUGUGGGUCAUAUAAGGAA